CUUCUCCGGCAGAGAGAUAAAUGUCUGUCAGUCGUUUCUCUGUUAACCUAUCUGAAUGUUAUCAGUUAAAAAUUCACUGAACAAGAAAAAGAAUCUGGGAAAGCGCGCUCAAAAUAAUCUUAUCAAUUAGUGCGGAUUGAGGAAGAAGUUGCGGGUGUGUAAUGGGUUAAACGCGGAUGGCCUCACCUUUCACGCGCGUCACCCGGUUCUUUAAAGUGGUCCCACCAUCCCUACAUCCAAACCGAAGAGGGGAGAUCACUACCACUCUCCCCGACGCCAGACGCGCCUCCUUACCUCUGUCGCAUCAUCCUGUCUGUCUCCGCCCCGCUGCUCCAUCAUCACACAUCCACGAGACGAUCUGAUCAGAAGGAAUAAAAGGAACCAUGAAGGACCGCAUGCAAGAACUCAAACAUGGGAAGGAAACAACAGAGGAAGAGGAGGAAGUCGCUGUGGGUAUGGAGAAAGGCUUUAUGGAUGAAUUCUUUGAGCAGGUGGAAGAGAUCCGGGGUUUUAUCGAGACUCUGGCAGAAAAAGUUGAAGAAGUGAAGAGGAAGCACAGCGCCAUCCUUGCCUCACCUAACCCUGAUGAGAAAACUAAAGCCGAGCUUGAGGAUCUAAUGGCAGACAUCAAGAAGUUGGCCAACAAAGUACGCUCUAAAUUAAAAGGUAUCCAGCAAACCAUAGAGCAAGAAGAGGGGCAGAACAGGUCAUCAGCUGACUUGAGGAUACGUAAAACACAGCACUCCACACUGUCUCGUAAGUUUGUUGAGGUGAUGUCAGAAUACAACACCACCCAGUCAGACUACAGGGAGCGCUGCAAGGGACGCAUUCAGAGACAGCUGGAGAUCACUGGGCGAAACACAACAAAUGAGGAGCUAGAAAGCAUGUUGGAGAGUGACAAUCCAGCUAUCUUCACCUCUGGGAUAAUCAUGGACAAUAUCACACAACAAGCAAUGAAUGAGAUUGAGACGCGGCAUAAUGAGAUCAUCAAGCUGGAGAACAGUAUCAGAGAGCUUCACGACAUGUUCAUGGACAUGGCCAUGCUUGUGGAGAGCCAGGGCGGGCUGGUGAACAGCAUCCAGCGGAGUGUCGUGGAGGCCCAGGAAUAUGUGGACGAAGCAAAGGAGCGCAUCCCACAAUGCAAAAAGUUUAAAAAGACCAGCAAACGGAAAGUGAUCCUGAUUGGGGGUUGUGUUGCAGUGUGUCUCACCAUCCUCAUUAUUUCCCUCGCAGUGGGACUCAGUUAGGACCUGGCAAAUGCUCACAAAGCAGACAGGGGAGAUAACCACAUAUCUGGGAGUUUAACUAAGCACUUGAAUGUUGUGCAUUGUCUAUUAAAUGUAUUUUUAUAUAUAUGAUUUUUCUUCUUUUUUUUUCUUCCUUCUUCUUUUUUUACAUUUUAACACUUUGGGGAAAUGCUGCUUUUCUUCUGGUGUCAUCACUUGCAUAGAUUUAUCAUGUGCAUGUUGUGUGUUUUUCAUGUUUUCUUACAGACAGAAAAUGAUAAAUGUUAACUGCAAUCAAAAGAAACAUGUCUUGAAUUAUACAUUUAAAUACAUUUAUUAUCACUAAGUCAAAACUUUCUAUUGAGUUAUUAAGAAUUAUGUCAGUGCCAAAUUGUACAUCAACAUGGUGCCCGCAACUUAUCAAGAACUGGUUCCACAUAUAUGCAUAAAAAGACUGCUGCAGGAACCAAAAGUCUGUCAUCGGCAUGGCUUCACAUAAUUGCUGGUCCUACAUUUUUUACAUUAUUUAUCAAAAGUGAGCAAAAUUAGCUGAAGUAUCUCUCCUCCAAAUUGAGCUCAGCUACUGAUAAUGUGGAGUCAGCUCUACCAGGAUUGUUACUGGCACUUUUCUGUUGAAAAAGAAGAAUUAUUCACCUUCUUUUCUUGAAUUGGAUGUUAAUAUUCCCAAACAAGAAUACAUGGAAACUAAGAGUUCUGGUUUCACACCCAUCAGACAUUAGAUUUAUGAUCAUCUUCCUUAUCUUGAGUUGUCCUAUUCAUGUUACAAAAAGAGAAAUGGGGUUUGUGAUGACCCUGCAUCCAUCUGAUACAUUAAUAAUAUUUCCAUGUCCAUACACACCCAUAUUAAAGUGUCUUUUCACAAUUAAUUCCCCCUUCUUUCAUUCACUAUUCUACCCUUGUAGUUGCUCCUCAUUUAAAAAAAUUUUAGCAUUAAAGUGUCAUUAAUUACGUGGGGGAGGGGGGGACUAGGACUAGUUUUAAUUUAUGUUGCUUAUUUUUUGUGUUUUUGAGUGUGUGUUUUAAUUAUACUACCACCAGGUGGCUUCAAAAUGUUUGUGGCAUGUUUGAAUAUCCUGCAGAGAGAGCUUGACUCACUGUAACUUAAGACAUCACAUUGAUACAUCAAACAAAUAAAACUAAAACAGCAUUAAAUAUGGUCGAUUCUGACCAUUUUCAUGUACACUGAUUCAUAUAUUACUCCAGAUCAGUACAAACCUUGCCUUGGUCAUUUAUUUAAUAUCACCCUUUUAAAUCUGAUAAUUACUCAAAACAUUUUUGCUCACUUCUUUCACUUUCUUUUAUUUCUUCUAUAACCUGAAGGUGUUCUAGCACUGUUGUCUGUUUGUACAUCUUUCAUAUUGUCAAAGUGAUAAAAAUGCUUUCUUAAUUUGUAGCAUGAUUUGUCCACAUUCAUGUGUUUUAGGCUGUGGUGAAUUGAGUUCUCUCUGCCUCCUUAAUUCACCAUUUUUACUUUGCUUGUUUUUGUUUAGUUUGACAUGAACAAAAUGCAGGAACUAACCAUUUUUACAUUUAAAAGAAUAUCCUGAAGAAAUUCUUGUAAUAUUCACACUCCAGCAAUUUCUCCAGAUUCAUGUUCAUGUAGCUAAACUGCAUUUUGUUCUGAUUAUUAUAUAUACUGUAAUGUGUGUUAAGUAAUAUUUCUAACAUGAUUUCCUCUGCUCUCUACUUGCUGCGUGGGAUGUUUUUGUUUUUUGUUUAAUUGUUGGGGGGGUUUUUUCUGUUCUGGUUAACACUGCAGAAGAAAAUUAUGAUCCUCAUAUGCUGUGUGGUUCUGGGAAUUGUCAUUGCUUCCAUAGUUGGGGGAACACUGGCCUAAACCUCAACCCACGGGCACGCUGAGAGACACUAACAGCCGCACAGCUAAACAC